AUGUCUUUUCAGCGAGCAUUACUCGUAAAAGAAAUCGGGAAACCCGUGGAACUAGUCCAUAGCCAUCCCAUUCCUCUUCCAGGCCCUGGGCAGGUCCAAGUGCGAGUCUCUGUCGCAGGUCUUAACCCUCAUGAUCAACGAGUUCGGGACCUUGGCCACUAUAUCUCUCCUCCGGCUGUACUUACCAAUGAUGUAGUGGGCAAGGUCACCAAACUAGGCGAUGGUGUGACGGAGUUGACCGUGGGCGAUCGCAUCGCCUACCAAGCACAGUUCACGAGGGAGCAAAGCCAGACCGGACUUCAGGAAUAUGCCAUCGCAGAUGUUCUAGCAGCAACAAAAAUCCCACCAUCGAUUCCAGAUGAUCAAGCCGCUACGCUUCCCUCCAACAUCUUUGCCCCUCUAGUUGCCAUCUUUGAUACGUUCGAAAUUCCUGCUCCAUGGACGCCGGGCAGCAAAGAUUUCGACUACAAUGGGACAACGAUUCUCAUCGUUGGAGGCGGAACCAACUGUGGGAAGUUCGCCGUCCAGCUAGCCAAACUGGUCGGAAUUGGCCGAAUCAUUGCCGUCGGGGGACCAGCAGAUGAGUUGUUCUCAUAUGGAGCUACACAUGUGCUGGAUCGGCAUGGCGGAUACGAUGCUGUGAUGUCCAGGAUCAAAGAAAUUGUCGGCGACGAUCUGCUAUAUGCAUGUGACACAAUCAACCCGCCUGAGGAUCAGAUACUCGCACUCAACGCUCUUUCCAUCUCCAAGAAGGGGAUUCUGGCGACCCUCCUCCCCCGUGGAGAGGCAAAUGAUCCGAGGAUAACCGAGAAAAAGGCAGGCUUUGUGUGGCAUAAAGUUAUUGGAAGCUCCCAUGCGAAACCAGCUUUGGCGGUCGAAUUCUGGAAGCGGCUCCCUCAAUAUCUUGAGCACGGGCGAAUCAAACCUCUGAAAUUCACUGUUAAGCAGGGUCUAGAGGCGGCAUAUGUAAAUGAAGCUUUGGAUGCCUAUCGUGAUGGGAAGUCGGCCACAAGGUUGCAUAUACAUAUAUAA